AUGAAGGUUUUUGUAUGUUUACUGGCGAUUUGUGCCGUUGCCAAUGCUGGUUUCUUAUUUGGAGGCGGUAGUGGCGGAUUAGGCGGUGGCCAUGGUGGCGGAUUCGGUGGUGGCCAAGGAGGUGGAUAUGGCGGCGGACACGGAGGUGGUUAUGGUGGUGGUUAUGGCGGCGGCCAUGGAGGAGGCUAUGGUGGUGGUGCAUCAUCAGGUGGCACUACUGUCAUUAAAAUCAUCUCUGAUGGUGGCGCUGGAGCCGGUGGUUAUGGUGGCGGCUAUGGCGGUGGAGCCGGUGCUGGUGGUUAUGGUGGCGGUGCUGGUGCUGGUGGUUACGGCGGCAGUUACGCUGGUAGCUAUGCUGGUGCUGGUUCUGGAGGUUAUGGCGGUGGUUACGGUGGUGGCUACGCUGGAGCUUCAUCCGGCGGCUCCGUUAAAGUUUUUAAGGUUAUCACCGUAGGUGGCGGAUCCAGCGGUUUCGGCGGUGGAGCCGGUGGCGGUUAUGGCGGUGGUGCCGGUGGUGGUUAUGGCGGUGGUGCCGGUGGCUGGUCCAGCGGUGGUGCCGGAGGUGCUGGCGGCUGGGCUGGUUCCGGUGGUUGGUAA